GCACACGAAGUAUGCCAAUUUAUCUCACGUCAAAGUACACAACUUUUCACUCAGAUUAAACACAUGUUGCCAAAUGGUUUAUUGGCUUUCUUACUUUCUACAGAGACGAGUAGGACUAAUGUGACAGCGACUCAGUGCUUGAAAGUUAAGCUCCCUCUGAGAUGUAAAAUAUUAAUCUUAUUCCUGAAAAUGUCUAACAGAGCAACUGUCAGGUGGACAUGUAACGUUAGACGUAAUUGUGUUACAUGGAACUCUCAAGAUAUACAGAAUGGAGACUUUGUUGAGGCACCUGACCCGUGGUAAUGCUCUAGUCUUCAUAAUCAUUUUGGGUAUUGGCGGAUCUUUUCAAAAUGGGUUCCAUGUUACUGUCAUCAGUUCCCCUUCACCAUACAUCUGGAGCUUCAUCAAUAGCAGUUGGAUUGGGCGAUAUGAAGAAACCCCACCGGCACAGACAGUCAAACUCCUCUGGUCAGCUAUAGUGUCUCUGUACGCUGUGGGGGGUCUCCUGGGCUCGAUGAGUGUCAGGUGCAUUGCUGGGAGGUUUGGCAGGAAGAGAGCCAUGAUAUGGAACAAUGUUGUCAACAUUGUUGCUGCAGUGAUCAUGUUCACCAGUAGGGGGGCAAACUCCUUUGAGAUGAUCCUGAUUGCUCGGUUUCUGUUUGGAUUCAAUACAGGUUUAGGAGUGAAUAUCCAUGCAAUAUACCUGGGUGAGAGUUCACCCAAAAAGAUAAGGGGCAUGGUAACACUAACAUCUGCUACCUUCCUCUCCAUUGGUAAACUGUCAGGACAAUUUGUUGGACUAAGGGAGAUUCUUGGUCGUGAGGAUAGCUGGAACAUCCUACUGUGUGUUUCAACAUGUUUCUCAGUGGUACAGCUGCUAACACUGCCCUUCUUCCCUGAGGCCCCAAGAUACUUAUUGAUAGAAAAGGGCAAUGCAGAGGCAUGCAAAAAAGCUCUGCAGAGUCUGUGGGGCAGGGGUGAGUACAAGCUGGAGAUGACGGAGAUGGUGUUGGAGCAGGCUGCCAUAAAAGGCGAGACCUCGAAGACUCUCCUGGAGCUGCUGAGAGACAGGAGCGUACGAUGGCAGCUCAUCACCAUGGUGGUGGUGUACGGCUGCAUCCAGUUCUCUGGCAUCACCGCAAUCAGUGUGUUCUCCUUUGACAUCUUCAAGGAGGCAGGCAUCCCCCUGGAUAAGAUCCGCUAUGUGACUCUGGGUGUUGGAGUGUCUGAGGUCCUCACCUCCAUCACCUGUGGCCUGCUGAUCGAGAGUGUGGGGAGGAGAGCGCUACUCUGGGGGGGCUUUGGGGCCAUGUCUGCCAUCAUGAUAUUAAUCACCAUCACUCUCAAUCUAAAGGAUUACAGCUUCUGGAUUCCAUACAGCACUGUUGGCUUGAUAUUCCUCUUUGUCAUUUUUUAUGGAGGAGGACCAGCUGGAGUGUUGCCGUCUCUCACACAUGAGAUCUUUAUCCAAUCGUGCCGGCCUGCAGCGUUUGUGUUUACUGGGAUCCUGCGAUGGCUUGGCUUUUCCGUGCUGGGACUAGUUUUCCCUUUUCUUAUCGAGCUGCUAAAAUCAGUCAGCUUCGUGCUGUUUGCCUGCAUGUGUCUGUUGGCGUCAUUUUACAUCUUCUUCUACCUGCCGGAGACCAAGGGGAAAACCCUCCUGGAAAUCUCAGAGGAGUUUAAAAACAUCACACUGUGUGAAAACCCCCUCUCAGUUGACAAGACCCUGGAGACAAGGUUAUGAAAACUGUUGAUAGCAAAUUAACUGAGAUUUAUCCCACUCUGAGUUGUUUCAUUUGUAUCAUAUCUUCAUACAAUGUGCACUCACAGCAUCUAUUAAAUCAAAUGUAAUUAUAUAGCCCUUCUUAGAUCAGCUGAUAUCUCAAAGUGCUGUACAGAAACCCAGCCUAAAACCCCAAACAGCAAGCAAUGCAGGUAUAUAUACAAUUGUUUUAUGCAUCUGAAUGACUUUUAGAGACCUAUUGAUUUAUAAUAAAAUUACUUUUCAAACAAUC